AUGCCAGGACACAGACGUCAAGACAGACCCAUACAUGGGAAUGAAUCUACCCAGCAGAUAGAGAUAGAGGUGACUGUUUCAGGGUCAGGAAGUCCAGGCCUGGAAGAGGAGGAGGACUCCCGUCCGACCGUGUGGAGAUGGCAUGACGGAUAUCAAUGGAGGCUGUACCAGGACGACAUGCAGGUUAAGAUUCACCAAGAGUACAACCGGAAAAAGGACGGGACGUGUUUGGUGAAGAAACGGGAUGGAAGCUACCGGAUAUACUUCAAGUCGAUGCAAGAAAAGUCUUUAGAAGAAAACAUACGCCAUGACGUACAAAGACUCCAUGUAGACUACGGGAACUUGCAAAUCUUAAAGCAGCGGAAUCGCUCCAGGACUAACACAAUCAUCCCACACCUGGCACCAGGUCUGCGGAAAGGCCGAAACUGAAACUAAAGAAACACCGCAGUUUAGUUAAUGUUUACCCGUCAUUGAGUGAGAGAGUGAGUGAGUGAGUGAGUGAGUUUGGUUUUACGCUGAUUUUAGCAAGAUUCCAGCAAUAUCACCUCGUGUGUGUGUGUGUGUGUGUGUGUGUGUG